AUGGCAACUCUACUGAUCUUAUUUCCGAAAGUAUUCAAGCGAAGUAAGCUAUCAUUUUUAUCUGAUUUUUAUGCCAACAAAAAAACAAAGUUUUCUACUUUUAUUUUAAAAGAGUAUUUAUUUAUGCCACAAGACUGAAA